AAGACGUGAGUUCUUGUUUAGUGCAGGGAACUCUUUUUUUAUUUUCUAUCUGUCUACAGACAUGGAUUUUUUCUCUUUUUUGCUAAGUAUCUUUGUUUUUACAGCUGUACUUAAGGAACCUACCACAAAUUCUGGGAAUUUCACAACCGUCGUUCCUGGAUAUGAGCUGCCUGAUCGUCAAUUUGAGAAUGUUGCAGUCUUCAGUCAAGUAUCGAAAGCAUCACAAACUGUAGAUAAUCCCGCAGUAUCUGCUGACAUGGGGGACUUCACUGAAAAGUAUGAUGAACUUGAUUUGACCAAGGAGACUACAGUUAUUCAGACCACUAACACACUGAGAUCUGAAGUGGAAACUGUGGAGCAUAUCCAAAUGUAUGCCACAGACACAUUUGUUGCUGGAAUGGGACACCUCAAACAAGGUUAUGAUGAGUACAGAGUGACAGCAGAACAAGCUGAAAUGGGCACACUUACCCCUCAAUCAGAGCGCAAUUCAACAUUUGAUGUUAGUGAUGACGAUACUCCAUGA